AUGGCAGUCAACCUUGAACUUGCCUCCCAGACCCUCGCCUCUCCAAGAACCCGCUCUCUUACCGUCUUCGCCCCGUCCAACGCUGCCUUCAAGAUUCUCCAGCAGCCCACUCUUUCCCUCCUCCGCUACCACCUCCUUCCCAACGCCUUCUCCUUCCACAGCUUAAUCUCACUCCCUUUCGGCGCCAACAUCCCCACCCUUCUCCCAUCCCACUCCCUCACCAUCACCACCACCACCGGCUCCGCCGACAGUCUCUCUAUCAACAACGUUACCGUAAACUCGGAGCCACUCUACAGCGACGCCUCUCUCGUUAUCUUCACAACCGACCACUUCUUCGACCCGUACUUCCAGCUUCCAGCCAAAAUCCCCCACCGCACCGGAACAACCGAUCCUUAUUCCUCCUCCGCCGCCGCGUGUUUUUCGGGAAGAAAGAACCACCGGAAGUCGUUCUCCUCCGGCGAGGCCUUUUCUUUCAAAGAAGCUAGCAGCGUUCUGAGAUCCAAAGGCUGCUUCCUAAUGGCUUCGCUUCUCGACACGCAGUUUCUCGCCAUCAGGAACCGCCCACAGCUGACGCUUUUCGCCCCCGUGGACAAGGGCGUUACGUCCACCAACGCCACAAGAGGCCACGUGGCAGCAACCAAUAAUAACAACCCAAGACUAAGAGGUCACUCGUCUAUUCUUCGCCACCACCUCGUGCCUUGCAGGAUCCUUUGGAGCGAUCUUUUGACGUUGGAGGAGGGUACUCUAAUUCGGACCUACGAGAGAGGGUUCACGCUCAACGUCACGAAGUCAACGGAAGACGUGCUAUUGGUCAACGGCGUCCCAGUGAUUUCCCCUGAGCUUUAUAACAGCGACUGGCUCGUCGUUCAUGGCCUCCAAGAAGUGCUUUCGCCUUUGAAGGGCCGAAGAGGCAGAGGAGUAGAAGGUUCUGGAAGAAUCUCGGAGGCAGCGGCGGAAGUUGGUAACGCAACGUCGUAUGGGGAAGAUAGCGCUGCGCAGCAUUUCCACUUCUCUGUUUUCCAUUAG